CUCUCCUGGGGCGGUAGUUUUGUAUUUGCCUUCCAACUAUUCAACCCACGAAGAAGAAAGUUCCGGUUGGUUCAGAAUGAUGGCUCCGGACAACAGAGACGGUGUUGCUCCAUGCGGUUGUAAAGGCGUUCGGCGGUGUCUUUUGUGUGAAAAUCUCAAGGAAAAAGAUGAAACAAAAGACUCAAAGACAGUGCAUCAUUUUAUCUACAAUCCCGAGACAAAGCUUGCUGUCUGCAAAGAUGCAGGGACUUCAUCCUUUUCGUUUCCUGGUAUCUUCCUGUGGGACAACUUUAUAUCAGAAGAGGAAGAGAAGCAGCUGAUUAAGUCAAUGGACCAGGAUGCCUGGAACCCGUCCCAGUCUGGUCGAAGGAAACAGGACUUUGGCCCAAAGGUGAACUUUAAAAAAAGGAAAGUGCGUGUUGGGGGCUUCAGCGGACUCCCUAAUUUGAGCGAAGAACUCGUGCGACGGAUGCAGCAAGAGCCAUGCCUGUCGGACUUCCAGCCGGUGGAGCAGUGCAACCUGGACUACAGUCCUCAGCGCGGCUCAGCCAUAGACCCACACUUCGAUGACUCCUGGCUGUGGGGGGAGCGACUCGUCACCAUCAACAUGCUAUCGGAGACUACGCUCACCAUGUCGCUUGAGCAGGGUCUGCCAGAGCUGGGACUGUCAGAGGAAAUUCACGUGGCUGUGCGCCUUCCUCGCAGAUGUUUAGUCGUGGUUUACGGCGAAGCGAGGCGUCGAUGGAAGCACGCCAUUCACAGGGAGGAUAUUCAUGAUCGCCGGGUGUGCAGCACAUACAGAGAACUGUCUGCAGAGUUUCUGCCGGGAGGGCAGCAGGCAGAGCUUGGAGCUCAGCUGCUCAAAAUUGCACUGGACUUUAAAGGAAUUCCAAUAUAACUUAUUUUCUGAAUGCAGAGAUAGAUUGAAAUACAAAAUUUAAGAUACAUUUUAAACUUUUUUAGUCUGUGAAGCCUUAAAAUGUGUUUGCCCUAAUUUUCAGUAAUCUGUGCAUUCAAUUUUGUGCAAUCAACUUUUAUGACAAUAUUAGGAUGUUCAAAAUAAACAAUCUUUAUUUAAAAGUGAA